AGCUUCUAAUCUCCAGCGUUGUUAUGACGACGGCCUAUCUCUUUAGAGCUGUUUUCAUUCAACUGAGUGGAAUUUGCAGCUAAAGACAAAAUUAACAAUGUGAUUUCUGGGCAGUUGUUGAUUAUUUUUUUUAAUGUCUUUAAGACUCUUGCUGUUUGGAAAUACUUCAAGUACUUUUGGAGAGGAAUGGACUGCUCAAGGCUUUUGUUUUAAACCUCGUCCUGUAUCAUAUGGGCUUAUUCAAAAGAGAGCUGGACCAUGUGGUGUAUUAGCAGCAGUUCAAGCUAAUGUUUUGUUGGAAUUGCUGUUUGGGUCAUCAAAUAUUCCUUUAGAUUCAGGAUUGUUGAGACCAAAACUUAUAGAUAAAAGGCGAGCUUUAUCUCAAGCAUUAUGUUCCAUUUUAUGGCAAGCUGGUGAAAAGAAAAGUGCUGUGUAUGCUGUGCGAAGAAAAACAGCUAUUAUAGAUGACAAUAUUGCUGAAAAUGUUUUGAAAAAAGAUGGCCUUUUAGAAUAUCUUCAUUUAAAAUAUUUCAAAUCUAAAGAUGACUUACUUGAAUACCUUUAUAAUUACAUAUCUGAGAUGAUGAAAAAUGAUUGUGAAAGCUGUGUUUUAUUUUUAUACUCUGUUAUUCUGACCCAUGGUAUAGAAAAAAUAAAAAAAGAAAUGGAUGUUCCAGAAAGCCAUUUGAUUGGCAAUGACGGUUACUGUUCUCAAGAAAUUGUUAAUUUACUUUUAACUGGCAAAGCUGUUGCUAACUUGUUUGAUGGUGAUUUAGAAUUAAAUUUAGGUGGACCAGAAAAAUCUCUUCUUCGUGGAAUUUCUAAGCGGUCGAAAAUUGGGCUUUUGUCAUCAUAUGAAUACAAAAAUACGUGUGCUGUAGGACAAUUUUAUAAGAAUCCAUUAUAUCCAAUAUGGCUUUUAUUGGGAGAAAGUCACUUUACUGUUCUUUUUGGUACUAACAGAGACAUUUUGAAGAAAACUAAUGCAAAAGAUCCUUUUCUGUUAUUUCAUUAUGAUGGUCUUUUAAAAAAGAAUGAUAAAGAAACAAUAUUUAUUAUAAAUCCAAUAGGGAGGUUAGAAGAAGAAGAUAAAGAUAAAACAGAUAAUUCAGUUUUACAAUGUAUAUAUACAAGGUGGCCAUUAGCUAGUAUUGAAAAAGAGAAGGAAAAAGAAUAAAAUGUACAUUAAAAAAAAAAGGGAAGAAUGGCAAGAGAAAAAUUGAGACUUUAUUCUACAUGUUAACUUCAUCAACUGCUUAAGUCAACUCAGCACAUCGUUUCAGUCAGUAGAUGCAAAUCAUGCAAUACAUUUAUUAAUGCUUAUUUUUAUGAGAAAUAUUAUACUAAUGUUUGUAUGAGUCAAUCAUUAAAAGACAUAAUUAUUUAUACUCAAGAAAUAUAUUUUUGCACUGUGUGAUUCAGUUUGUGAAAUUUUAAGU